AUGGAAAAAAUUGUACAAAACAUGGGAAAAGAGUCAUAAUUGUGGAUAGAUCAUCAACAGAUCCUCAAGCUAAAAAUCUUUGCAUCUAAUGUUUAACUGAAUAAAAAAACAAUUUAACGAGUUAUGAAGAUGCUCUAAAGGAACUCAUUCAACUAAAAGCAUAAUUAAUUAAGGAAAAGUAAAGUCUAAAUCAAAAGAACAUUGAUCUUCUAUUAGAUAUUAAAAAUAGUUAUGGUAAUUGAAGACUCAAAUUUCAGCUUUAAUGAUAAACUUAUAGUAUUUUUUGAAUAACAAAUUUAACUUAUCUUAGAUUCAUAAAUUAAAUAUUCAAAAUAGAUUGAGAGUUUACAAAUAAAAGAUCUUGACUCUUCUAUCUAAUAAUAUUUGGAAGUAGAAAAGCAAUAUAUUAAUUAUUAAGACAUCAAAGAUCCUCUAUUGAACAAUUUGUCAACUAUUUCAAAAGAUUCACUUAUUUAAAGGUUUGGAGAAAUAUUCACUAAAGUAAAUACUGGAAUUUUGAAUUACUCAAAUGAAGUUUUUUCUAAAUUUAAAUAAUAAUAUACCCUUCAACAAAUGGAUAAUUAAUUGUAAAUAAAUUUAACUUGCAAAUAACAUAAAGAAUGUAAAAUAAUAAUGGUUGAUCUUAAUGAUAUAUAAAAAUCACCAAGGAAAUUAAUUUGUGUUAAAUGUAUAAGCAUAUUUUCGCAAAAUAUGUAACAUUAUGUAGCAACUAUAUUGAAAGAAUCUAAUAGAAAACUAAAGAAUUUAAUGGAUUAUUCACUGAAAUUUAAUAAAAAAUAACAAAUUUAAUCACAAAAAGCACCAAUCAAGUAAAUGAGAGAUCUAAUAAUUAAUUAAAUAUAAUAUAGAAGGAAUGGUAAUAAGAUAACAAUUAAAAUUUUUCAAUGA